AUAUCGAUGGAAGUCGUCGGCGCGGCCAUGUCGAGUUCUUUUUAGGUUGGUUUUACUAGCAGCACGUUGUCGGAACGAUAAGCCACCAUGCAGAUCUUCGUGAAAACCCUUACGGGUAAAACCAUUACCCUCGAGGUAGAGGCCUCUGAUACCAUCGAGAAUGUCAAGGCUAAGAUCCAGGACAAGGAGGGAAUUCCGCCAGAUCAACAGCGACUCAUCUUCGCCGGCAAACAGCUGGAGGAUGGACGCACUUUGUCCGAUUACAACAUCCAAAAAGAAUCGACCCUCCACUUGGUACUUCGUCUCCGAGGAGGCGUCAUUGAACCCACGUUGCGUAUACUCGCACAAAAGUAUAAUUGCGACAAAAUGAUCUGUCGCAAGUGCUAUGCUCGUCUUCAUCCACGAGCAACUAAUUGCCGUAAGAAGAAGUGUGGCCACACGAAUAAUAUCCGACCAAAAAAGAAGCUGAAGUAAACUAGACAACAAAUUCCAUUUUCCAUAUUAUGGAAAUGGAAGUAUAUGUUUCUUAUAUAUGACAUCAAUAAACUACAACUGGUAAACUGA